AUGGCAAAGGGAAAUUGCGUAAAGAUAAGAGACUGGUACUGCCAUCGCUUUUCCAGCUGUGGACUAUUUUGGGCUGAUAAAGAAAAUAGAAAGGAGGUAGUAGAAUGUGUGCCUUGUGGACUUGGCUUGGGAUACGCUCCUGGAUUUGCUGCUAAAUACGGUGCCGGGUGUGGAACCGCUUUAGCUAAUGAAUUGGCUUACGGACCUGGACUCGGUCUUGGAUACGGUCUCGCUGGCCCUGCUGGUAUCGCUGGCCCCGCUUAUGGAGGUGCAGGCAUCGGCGACGUUGCGGUCGCUGGCGAGGUGGGUGUCGCUGGUACCACUUUUCUAACUGGUCAGGUUCCGAUUCUUGGCGAUAUCAGAUUUGGAGGUGAAGUCCCAGCCGGCGAUGUUGUUUCUAUUGCUGGAAGUUUCGGCGGAAACUGCGGUUGCGUUUGCAACGGUGUCUACCUGUACUGA